AUGCUGUUGGUGUUUGUCCUAUUCAUUUCAGGUGGUGAAGCUUUGACUCAAAUAAGUCAACUUCCUUCCCAUUGGGUAACCAGUGCCGACAAUUGGAGUAUGUCCGAUCUUGUCUGUCUCGCAAAUACCCCAAACUCUCCACAAAGUCUUAUAGUCCGACUGCGUGCUUGCCUUGAGAUUUGUGUGGAGCACAUAUACCAGUGUGUUCGCUGUCGAGCUCGUGGACACUUGUGUGAAGUCUGUCACUCGGGUCGCGUCCUCUUUCCCAAUUUCGGCCAAGUGGAUACUCGAGUGUGCUCAGACUGUGGGGCCUGUUUUCAUCGUGCUUGUCUGGUGAAGCUACCCCAUGAGAGUGGAUCCGCAAAAGGGAAGGACUUCCAUCCCGAUCACCGCUCGUGUCCACGAUGUGCUCGAAUUCGACAGAGAAUAGAACCGAAGGACGAAUCGCCGUCGGAUUCGUCGCAGUGA